GGGCAGCCGGGGCCGGGGAGAGGCUGGGCUGCGCUGCGCUGUACCGGUGUAACCCCCACACACACCUCGUCCCGCAGCGCUGCUUGUACGGCCCCUGGAGCAGGACUGCACGGUGUCCAAGAUGCUGCGCAUAAUGCAACUCCUGUCGCGGAUUGAGGAAGGCGAGAACCUCGAUUGCACCUUCGAUAAAGAGUCAGAGCUCACCCCUCUUGAGUCAGCAAUUGGUGUCCUGGACCUCGUUCAGAGAGAAUUCUCUGUGGCUGAGAAGACGAUGGAAACUGUUCAGAAGAUGGUGAAGGAAGCUGCUGUUGUUGUCUGCAUCAAAAACAGAGAGUUUGAUAAAGCCUUCAAAAUUGUCAAGAGGCAUAUGGGGAAGGAGGUCAAAAACCAGAAAAAGAGGAAUGAGUUGCUGACUCUCAUCCGGGAGAAGAAUUUCACUCAUCCAAUAGUCAAAAAUUUCUCUUACAAGAACUUCCAGCAGAGCGUGUUUCAGUUCCUGGAGACCUAUGUGGAUGAUUCGGAGCCACUGCUGCUGACGAUAAUGAAAAAGACUUUGAGUUCAGAAUGUGCCAAAGAAUCAAAAUGCUUAUCAGUGACUCCUGAGUCUACAAAUGGGUCAAAGGACCAGGCAGCAGCUCUGGAGCCCUUGGGGAGGGCAGAAGGCGCAGCAGAAGCUCUGGAGCCCACAGAGACAGCAGAAGAGCUGGAGGGAGCUCCCAGCCCUGCAGAAAGGGCAGACAAGCCAGCAGCAGUUCCCAAGGAUAUGAAAAGAGCUACUGACCCAGCAGCAACUCCUGAACGUAUGAUAGCAGCGGUUCAUAUCUCAAAAGAUGCUUCAGAGCCUAUGGAAAUGCCUAAAGAACCAGCAGCUACAACUCCAGAACCUCCAGGAGUGCCCUCCCGGGACUCAGAAAGGCUGCCCUCUGGAAUUGCAACCAUGUACGGGAUUUCUGUUCUGAGAGAAGCUUUCAAGAUCCUGUCAGACUCCGAGGAUUCUGAUGCACUCUUCACCAAACUGGAUGAAACAGACUUUUCUUUCCCCAAGCAACUGUCUCCUUCUGUAUCCCACAGAACGAAGAAACAGAAAGAAGAGGAGAAUCAAGCUUCUGAGAUCUCAGUCCCUCCUGAAAUAUCCCCUAAGGGCAAACACUUGCUGACCAUAAGCAGUCUGGUCAUGGAUCAAGACAACGAGUACUGCGAGUCAAGUGAGAGCCCAGACUCUUCCCAGGAGCCAGUUGUAUCUUCUGCUUCCAGACCCGUUCAGAAGUUGCAUGACCAGCCUGUGUCUACUAAGAGUGCCAAGUCCUUCAAACGAAGGUGGAACAGCUCGUAUGGUGAAGAAGAAAAAGACAGGUGGAGCGAGGAGGAUGACCUCUUCUCAGCAUCGUUUGAGUCAAACGACCACAACACGACAGUCUUCGGUUCCAAGAAACAGAAAUGGACGAUACAAGAGAGCCAGUGGAUCAAAGAAGGCGUGAAGAAGUUUGGGGAAGGGAGAUGGAAGGCCAUUUGCCAGAAAUACCCCUUCCAGAACCGUACAGCUGUGAUGAUCAAGGAUCGCUGGCGGACCAUGAAAAAGCAGGGAAUCCUCUAAAGCUGGGAGCCACAGGACCUUCAGUUGAAAAGCCUUUUUUUGUCUUUUUUUUUUUCCUUUUGAAAGACUGACAGGAGCAAUAGUAGCAGGGAGGCUGCUGUGCUGCGUUGGGGCAGCAUGAUGAGCCCCUCUGGCACGUGGUGCAGAUGGGCACCGUGGCGGAUGGGAGCU